AUGUUUCCAAGUAAAUUGUAUGAUUUAUAAUUGACUCCCUCUUUGAAUUCUUUAAACUGUGAUUUAGAGAGUUCCAAAUUAAUGGAAUCAUUUAGAAAACUCUUAUUGGAUGAUGACAAAGAGAUUUUGAGUCCAGCCUUGGUAAAUUAUAAUAUUUACCAUCUAAUAGGAUUUAAUGAAAGCCAUAUCACAUGCUCUAUAUGGGACUAUUGUCUAUUGGAAAUUAUUAAGUGACAAAUGUAAAGAUGAAGACCUUAAUAUUGUAAGUUAAGUAUUGUAAAGGAAAAUUGUUAUUUAUGAUAUGUGCGAGAAUGAAGAUUUAAGAUGUUAAAUCAUCAAUUUUGGUUAUAAAAAACGCAUUUAUCUAGCACGAUAUCUAAAUUACUUUUAUGUUGUUGCCAAGAAGGGUAGUGAAGAAAAACAUAAAUUAAUAAAAGAUAUUCUUUUGGAUGUAAUUAAUGACAUUAUAGGUUUACCUAUAAGAAGACAUAAACGAUCAUAUUCAGAUCCUUUUAAAUAUCUAUCUGAUCAAAAAGAUAAUAGAAUUAAUAAACUUAAUGUGAAGAAUGUACCACUUUCUCCAUCAAAUAUAUCACGAACAAGUUUAUAAAUGCAACUCUUAGAUGAAAUUAAUCAAGAUGGAGAUUUGCUUAUGAAAGAAUGUAAUUCUCUUAUCAAUUCAUCAACACCAUAAAAUGAUCUUUUGCAAUCUUUGAAUUUAAAUUUAUAGGAAGGCACAAAUAUUCUUUCAAAUGUAAAUGUAUUUGAUACAAAUAUUAGAUUAGAUAUUUUGGUACACUUAAAUUUUAUGAUGAAUCAAGAGCUUAUGGAUUUAUAAUAAUGGAUUUAGAUGGUAGUGAUUUAUUUGUUCAUUGUGAUGAUCUUACUAAAGCAGGAAUGACAAAGGAUUUUUUGAGAACUGCUAAACAUGGUAAUAUAAUUAGAUUCUCAUUUUUGAUACUUGAGUAUUUUGGAAAGUAUAAUAAGAGUAAAAAAGCAGUUGACUUGUAAUUUAUUCAAAGUUAACCUUAUUUCAUGUGA